AAACAACAAAGUGCAUUAGAAAAAGAAAAAGAUGCAUACAAUAUGAUACAAUACAAAUGUGCAUUACCCACGAAUGCAUCGAAUAAUACAGUUGUUUGUUUGGGUUAUUAAGUUUUUUUAGUGCGGAAUUAAGUUUUUUCGUUACAUGAUUACAGGAACGUUUGUUGUGAUGUAUUUGCAAGCUAAAUAAACAAAUACUGGAUUGCGGUUGCCAUCGCGGGAUGCCUCUAACACCAUGGACAAAAGAAACCGCUCCCUGCUGCAGCUGCACCAGCACGACAUCGUCCGGGACCUUGACGUCACCUAUAUUAUAGACAAGCUGUACCAGGAGAACGCCAUCUCCAACGAGGACAUCGAGCACAUAUCCAACUUGACAAACCGCGUCGACCGCACCCGCUACCUUAUCGACACGCUCCUUCAGAAUGGCAACAACGCCUCUUACCAAGCAUUCGUAGACAGCCUAUUCAAGGACCACAACUGGCUAUGGGAGAAACUCCAGCUCGACCUGAAUGAACCAAUGGUCAACGCCAGUUUCGAGGACAGCCUUAGCAAAGGCGAUGUGCCAAGGUUGCCGGAUCAUUAUGUACAGAGGGUUGCUGUGGAAAAUGAAGUGGUCACCAAGCUCCGCAGUCUCGCGCGCCACAAGAUCUUGGCUCUCCACGGCAUGCCAGGGUCAGGAAAGACUUCCGUGGCCAUUGGUGCCCUCCGGUAUAACCCCGACCUCAUCAACACCACGUUUAACGGCGCCGUGUUCUGGCUCAACUUCGGCAACUGCAAGACUGAAGAUGACAUCCUCAGUUUACAGAACAAAUUAUACCGCAAAGCUUCAUCCUCCAUGUACGUUCACAACUCGUACAUGAACUCGUCCAUCUCCAUGUCCAGCAUUGGGUCCAACGCCGACAGCCAAUCGCUAUCCAGCUACGAAUGGACCUGGCAGGAACUAAGAGAUAGACUGAAGGCACAGUUCGCUGAGAACGUGCUAAAGGAUGCACUGUUAGUUCUAGAUGAAGUCAGUGAGAAGAGAUAUCUGGAGGCGUUCGAUAUCGGGUGCAAGAUACUCAUCACUACGAGGGACACGGAUGUCGUGGAUAAUUUCCAAGCGCAGAUUAUUAAGAUAGGAAACAACUUCGAAGAGAAAGAGUCCCUAGAACUGUUCGCGUCCUGCCUCGACGUGGACGUCAGCAUGCUGCCGCGCCAAGCCAAGAAGCUGCACGACAUCUGCAAGGGCAACCCCUUCUACAUCGCGCUGUUGGGCGCCAUAUUGUCGGAGAACAGACAGAGUUUAAACCACGAUAAUAGUAGAUGGACUUAUUAUGUAAACAAACUACAGAAGAAGGAAUUUUUGUUUUUACCGCGGCACGACAACCCGAUCAAAGUGUGCAUCAACGCGCUGGACUCCGCCACGUUACCCCUCUUCAAAAAACUCGCCAUCCUCCCCGACAACGCUAAAGUCACCGCCAAAGUCAUCGGCCGUCUCUGGGACAAAAACGACACAGAAGUCGAAACUAUCAUGAAACAACUCCGUCGAAAAUGUCUCAUCAUGGAAGAUUACAACUACGACGAAAGAAUAUACGUUUACGAAAUCCAUGACUUGAUUAUGAACUGUCUAAGAUCGUCGUUAAGCGAGGAUGAAAUGAAAAAAACUCAUGCAGAAUUCCUGAAGCGAUACCAUUAUGAUAACAUAAAUACUACACCCCUAGAUAUAAUCGAUGACGGUUAUAUAGCCUUCUAUAUUGGAUAUCAUAUAUAUAAUACAAAAAACUCUAAUAAUAAGUGGAGUUUGUUUCACAAGUUGUUCUUGGAUUUGAAGUUUUUGGGAAACAAGGUGAAGUUGACGGGACCGGGAGAUGUUAUAUUGGAUUUGCAGAAGUAUGAAGAAUUGAUAGUUGAAGAUGACCUAGAUAAAGACCUACUGCUAGCCCUGAAGGUGUUCCUAGGCACGCACGGCAUAGACCUGUACCGGUACCCGUGCACAGACCUAGCACAGAGCAUAUUACAACACGAGUCCAAAGGCAUACUCUACAGUAAAGCAGCGGCCGUGGCGCAAGAAAACACCGCUAAAAAUGAGCUUUAUUUCGAGUUUCUGCACGAACAAAACGUAGAAGAGAUCAAACAUUCAACAAUAGACCUUAAGGAGGAGAGCAUAAGAUGCGUUGGUUUCCUCGGUGACUACGUUCUAGUGGGCACCCUAUCUGGCUCUAUAAAGAUGUUCAAUAUAUCAACGAACAAGUUGACCAAGGAGCUGGGCGGGCGCGGCUCGCCCGUGAAGUGGGUGGGCGCGUGCCCCACCAACCCGCCCGUCGUGGCCGCGCUCGCCUUCGACGGCCUGCUCGCCGUGUGGUACGUCGACGACGCCGAGGCCGACACCGACACUAUUGUCGAGGAAGACCCUGAGGAACUAUACAACAACAAUUACCCCGGCAACCUGAUCAUCACGCCCAAAAUGGGUCCCUUCAUCGGCUGCCGGUGGCUGAACGAAUCCGAGAUCCUCGUAGCGCACACCGCUAAGACUGUCAUACUGUAUGACCCUCAAGGGGUCCCUAAACACACUUACACGGACCUAGUGGAAAGGGACAAGGAGUUGUUGUGCUGCGUGCCCAGUUAUGAUGACAGGUAUUUGAUAAUGGCGUUGGCCAAUAGCAAUAAGAACUACGUGGAUGUUAUUGAUCUGAAGACUAAAGAAAAAGUGGUCUCAUUGGAAGAAAAUGAUACUGUAUUGGACAUCAUUACUGUGCCAGGCACACACCGAAUAAUAAUUCUAACACCUAGAGAAGUAAUAGAGCACGAACUAGAACUGAACGGACAUCAAAACAACAUCGGUAUCUGCCGCACUCGCUCCAUCAUCACAGGUGACGCGGUGCGGGCCGAGCUGACAUUUCUGUCGUUGGCGGUCAACAAGACUGGCUCCCUGCUGUUCAUAUCCACCGAUGACAGUCGCAUUAUAUGCGUCGACCUUAACAACUUGGCGAGGAUCUUCGAUCUAGAGAAUCGGAGGGGCAACGUCAUGUCCAUGGCUGUGAGCGAAGUGUGGCACGACAUCCUACCGGGACCAGACGUCCUACUAACCGGGACGGGCACGAUUGAAAACUGCGCCAAGGUGUGGCAGCUCGACCCCUCUUAUGUGGCGCAGAAUACUCAGAAGAAUGGGAAAGUGCGACUAACGACAAAGUUCGACGUGAGCUUUGUGGAAGCCGUGUCGCCGCACACGCCGACGGGCAACGGUAGUCACAGCGUCCACGCCACGCCCAAGAGGAACAAGUCUUUCGCUCUGCACUCUGAGGAUGAAAGGAAGAAACCGCCGCUCAAAGGCACCAUGAGUCUCGACCGCCACUCCAAACCGUGCCUAGCGCUCAACCUUAAAGGAAUAUGCAACAACGACAGCGGCGCACAGCCCCUGCUGGCCGUACUGGACGACAAGAACAACAUACAGAUAAUCCGUGGAACAAAAAUGCUCACCGAAAUUAUAACGAAGGCCGACGAAAGGAUAACCGCCCUAAAAAUCUCCCCGUGCAACCAAUACAUCAUCUACGGUCUCCGCUCAGGCAGGGUCCAGAAAUACGCGCUCCGCACUAAAGAGACCAAAAUUAUUCUUGACGUGAAGAGUGCAGUUCAGUACCUGAGCUUCGUGAAUCCCAACUUGUUGGUGGCGGCGGGGAAGAACCGGUGUCUGAUGGCGUACAGACUGACCACCGACGGGAAAUGGAUGCCGGAGAUGCUGCAGAAAGGGAAUAGCUAUCUGGGAUCGCAGGAGAUAUUAAAUGAUAUGGAAGGUAUAAAAAAGAAAAACGGCCAACCGGACCGCCUAUCCAACUCGAGCAGUGAGAGUAGCCUCAGUUCCAAAGAUCGUCAAUUCCCAGGCACCAGAGGCUGCCUCAGUGAAAGCACUUUAGUUGAUUGUUUUUGGGUCAAUAAAGGGCUUUUGACAGUGGAAUAUAAUGCCACUGUUAAACUCUGGGACGAGCUGCAUUGGAGGGCUGAAGUGUUAAAUGGGAGACAGAACGAUGUACAAGUCAGUUGUGCUGCUCUUAGGAAGAAUGUCCUUGUUGUGUGCGACGAUUACAAUAAGAAGUUUCAGACGUUCGAACUGCGCGAGGGAAACCAAACAGAACUGCACAAGAUCCAGGAGUACAGACUGAACAAUAAGAUCGUUUCUUGCGAUCUUACGUCCGACGGGCUUAUUCUGGCUAUGGGCCUCGACUCGGGCGAUAUUGUGCUAUGGAACGUGCAAGGCAAACGCCAGCUCCGCCUCCUAAAGCACCACAAAGCAAAGGUCCAGUGGUGCGCCUUCUCCCCCGUGCCUGAGCGCGUGUUCCCCUCCCCCCACUCCCCCGCCGCGCCCGCCGCCCCCGCCGACAACCAGCCCCCCCUCGUCCUCGUCACCAUGGCGGCGGAAAUAGUCUGGUGGAACAUAACGUACGUUAUAAACAACAAGCCGCCGCCACGGAAGAUCAACGUGGUGACUCCGCUGGUGUUGAGUCCACGGGAGAUCACGUCUGCUGUUGGAAACAUGAAUAUUGGCUCGAGUAACUUCUUCUUUGGGGGCGGAGGAGUCAGUUGCUGGAGGGAGCUUUGGAGGAAAAAGACAUAUAAGGAGGGCUCAAAAAGAAAAGACAUAUUGGCGUGCAUCAAGUUGUCAGGUAUGAACGCAAAAAAGUUGUGUUUCGACGAGAAAUUCUCUUGUUUCGUGACCGUUGACAACCCUGGCCACAUACACAUAAUGAACGUUAUGUCGUAGCGGCGAAACAGUCGCAGCGCUAUAGCGAUAGCUACCACUCGAUGUUAUGGGUGCAUUGGUUUGUAAAAUGAAAUCCUAAUUUGUUUAAUUUUGCUUGCUAAAUUAUCUAGCGAGGGAAAAUACUAUCGUGGUUAAGACUUCGCUGGCUAAAUUAUCUGGUAAGGAUAAACCAAUCGCGCGCGAUAAAAAUGCAGUCAUUAAUUUAGAUUUCGCUGGCUAUAUGCGAAAUUUAUUCAUACCUUUUUGAUUUCGCUGGAUAGAUUAACUGGCGACGAUAAAAGUUUAUCGCGCACGUAUAUAAUUAGGUGUUUAAGGAGAGUUAUUUCUAGUACCUGUUUUAGAUAAUGUCUGAUGUGCGGAAAUGAAACAAAAAUGCCCCUAAUUGAGAUGGCAGCCUUGUAGGGCAGUUAAGAUAUUGUUAAAUAGAUAUUUAAAUAAUUUUAAACUAUGUAUUGCGUACACAUUAUUUUUAUUUGCUUAUUUUAUUAGUUAAUUUCAAUGGUGAUAUGCCAGUUCUUCCAAUGCAUUUCAAAUGUUUAUGUUAAUCUUAAUUUUCUAAAUGUAUACGAUUUGCCAUUAUGUUACAUUGAUUUUAGUAAAUGUGUAGUCAAUUUGUAUUGGAGCGAAAUGAACACAAUCACGCUUAGACAAAAAUGUAGUCUCAAAGUAGUUCUAACCUUCAUAUCUUUUGGUAUGAUUUAUGAAGAUUGCAGUAUUAAUUUUAAACGACUCUCUAUUCAUUCAUCCAGAUCUGAGUUUACUUGCAUAUUUUGUUUACCGUUAAAGUCCAUUUACUUUUGAUACUAUACAGAAUACAGAUCUUUAUUGGUAAAAGCAAAUUUUACAGGUCACAUUUUACAUUCAAAUCAUAUAUAUAUGUAAUUUAAUAUACGUUCAUUAAAUAAUUGAAUUAUUUCAUAACAUUUUUUAAAACAAAACAUUAUAUAUUUUAUAUUAUUAACAUUAAUAAAAAUAUAAUUACGAUGCGGAAGUCAACACCCUCAUCGAAUAUUUAUAAAUUCAUCGAUGCUGUAGAAUGCUUUUUCUAUAAGCAGCAGUUUAAGUUUUUUUUUUAUACUUGGUCACUAUUUAAGUCAAGUAUAUCUGAGGGUAACGUAUUGUAACGAUUCUGUAUUCUGUAUAAAUACUAUUAUUAAAAUUUCGUAUUCGUAGUGUUUACUAUAAUUAUGAAUAUAAACUGCCCGCCUGUCUUGUACGUAAAUAAUACGAUUAAGAUAAUUUUAUACAUUCUUAUAUUUUACAACGAAAAUGAUGCUCACUAUAACGUGAUAUUUUGAACAAAAUAAUAGCGUAAAAGUCAAGCGCACAAUAUGUAACGUAAGUACUUGGGUUGUUAAAAUAAGCAUUUUAUAGCCUAAGGUUCUUCACUCUUUUACUGUGUCUUGGACAAUUUGACUUAAUGUGCGAAGUCCAAUAAAAAAUUGUGUUGUAUUCAUACUGGAGUUGUAUUUUCAACAGUAAACGAUUAGAUACGUAUUUGUACAGUGUUAUGAGGUCAUGAGUUUUUGAAUGUCUUCGCACGUUUAUUAUUGUGGUUCAACUGUUUGUAUCAUAAGAAAAUCUAACUUGUAAGCGUAAUUCAAAUGGUUCAUAAAAGUAGCAUUGCAAUAGCCUAAAUGUUGAAAUUAGGAUGGUUAGUGUAGUCAACUGAUGAGAUUUACCAUGUGUUCAAUCCCACCACGUUCUGUCAUAAAUACGUACAUAUUUAACAAUUAUACAGUAAGUAGCCUUUAUGCACUGCGUGUUUUCUGGGCAUUUUAGUCUAUGUGCUGAAAUGUCUUAUCAGCCGUUUGGCGAACUCGGAAUAAAAAGAAAUGGGAUGGUUUUUAAUCUAGUUUACGGAACUGUCAUGUAAUCGGGCUUAUUUUUAAGAGCCAUUAAGUCCAUAAUUUUCUUACAAACCGGAAUGAUUUAAGAUCACUCAAUGCAUAAGGGUAAUAGCCAAUAUAUAAUAGACUUUUAUACUGCUUUACUAACUUAGUCAUAAUUUUAAAUAAUCAUAGUUGAAGCAAAACCUGAACAUUAUAGUGCCGUCUCAAAAUUAUCGUACAAUUGUAGUUUCUUAUAAUAUUGCAGUUAUUUUCUUAAUUCCGGUAUCGAGCUUAUUUCAAAUCAGUUCUAUCCUAGUCUGAACCCGGUCAAAAAUAAUAUACUAAUGACAUUUUGGUUAAUAUAUUUUUGAUUAAAAGAUGAAAUAAACUUGUUCAUCUACUUGUGCUAACGUAGUCAAAAUUUACUUUGUAUAAAAUAUUUGAGUAGUACAAUGUUACACCCCGGCUCAACUACCCUCAAUCAAUUAAAAGAGUACAUUUAUGAGAGACACUAGCUGUCGAAUGUUGAUGUCUCAAAAUAAUAAACGCAUAUUGUAUACUGUACUGUAAAUAUACUCCUAGGCUGGUACUAUUAUAUUAUAUAUUGCCUUUAUUGUGCUAAGUGGUUCAAUUGUAUCUCAAUUUUAGUAAAUAUCAUUAGAUUAAUAUAAAUAUAGGCGAAAAAUUAACCCUCUUUCAUCGCAUUAUUAUUUAAAAACUGUGUAUUUUUUUUGGAAAGUUAAAUAAAAUGGCUGGACUGAAAUUGACAAAAUGUGGAAAAGUAGUCAAACCCGAAAUCAUUCGACCCAAUGAGAAUAGUAUUUUUCAAUUAUUUGUUUAUGAGAAUAAACCAUUUAUUGUAAAAAUGAGAAUAUUGAUGAAACUAGCCAACAAUUAGAGAAUAAGAAAAAACGAAAUCGAUUUCUGUGUAUUGAUUUAUUUCGUGAAAUUUCAAUUAGACAAUUUUUAUAUUUUGUGCUCAAUUACAUAAACGAUAGAAAAAGGUAUUCCUGAAACUAGGCAAUAUUUUUAAUAUGAAAAUGUUCGCGUCCAUUUAUUGGAAUUUAUUUCUGUGAUCUUGUUUCUAUGUCAUUUUAAAACUGUUUCUUGGGUAAGACUGGAUAUAUUGUAUGUACGUUGUAGAUCAAAACAGUUUUCCGUUGACCAAGGAAAUUGAAGUUUAUAAUUCUAAUGACCAGAGUUGUCUAUGUUUUAAAACGAAAAAAAAAAUACCUAUACCUACAUCUUUUGAAAUUACACAUGUUUUACUUAUAUCAAAGGAAUGUUUUAAAACAAAAUAAAAAAAUACAUACCUAUACUUACAUCUUUUGAAAUUACAAAUGUUUUACUUAUAUCAAAGGAAUGUUUUAAAACGAAAUAAAAAAAAAUACAUACCUAUACCUAAAUCUUUUGAAAUUACACAUGUUUUACUUAUAUCAAAGGACAUUAGUAAAAUAAUAUCUGUUGUUGUAGACUCAUCUAAGGAUUGAAAUCGUCUGAAGGUUUUUUUCUACAGCCUUCCAGCUAGAUGUAAAAGAAAAGUGCCAUUUUAUUGGUCGGAUGUAAAUAAAAAAACAUAGUUAUAUAAUGUGAUGUAGUCCAUUUUGGAUCUCCAAUUAAAAUGUACAUACUAUUGUAAUCUAAUUUUAAUCUUGGAUAUAAUUAUGUAUGGUGCUAUAUAAUAAAAUAAUAAUGUAAGUUUUGUUGUACGAAACCAUGUCAGAUUAUAAUAAUGUGUUCUAUUUUUAUAAAAACUGACAAUGAAUAAACAAUUAAAACAUUUUUAUAAUAAUUUUAUGUAAGAAUUAUGCGAUGCUCAAAUAUGCAUUUGAUAUCUGUUCCUAAUUUUUUUACAAGAUUCUGUUUUUUAACGAUCAUCGAAAUAGUAUGUUGUUUUGAAAAUGUUUAUUUGGCAAGGACUCAGUCGUACUGAUAUGAUACUUAGUUUUUGCCACCGAAAUCACAAUUUGAAUUCCGUGUAAAAACAUGCUCUUCAUUGCCACUUUUUUGUAAUUAGUAUGAUCUUGCUUUAGAUCCAAAUACACUGUCUCAAAUAGUAAACAGUUUUAAAACUUAUGUAAUGAUGAUUGUCAUAAUAUUUCUAAAAAUACAUUGUAUUAUUAUUAUUUUAAUCGUAGAAAUUAUCAAAAUUCUAUGCUUGUAUUUUUUUAUACAUGAGAAAUGCAAUAAUUUUUAGUAGAAUUCUAUAUUUUAGGCUCUAAUUGGAUGAUAACCUUAUUUUAUGAUAAAUCUUUACAUUUCCAAAUAAAUCAAUUUUAUUAUUA